GCUGGACUCGCAGAUUGAUCCAUCGAUCCAUCGAGUUCGUUGUAAACUUCAGAUCCAUCUUGUGAUUUGAUUUUAUCUCUUCUCAUGGAGGCAGCGACGGGUGGAUCAUCGGCGAUGCAGUGGGAGAGCAAGGAGGAGGAGCACGCGCGUGAGGCGGAGGCGGCGUGGCAGGCGUACCUCCGGCAGCAGCGGUCGCGCCGCGGGUGGGCGCAGUACCUCCGGUGCCGCCCCAUGUCGCAGCUGUGCAAGAGCGACGACGGCAACUGGGUCGUGAUGCCGGCGUCGGCGCUAGACCGGCUCCAGUCGGUUGGGGCGGGCUACCCGAUGCUGUUCCGCGUCCAGAACGCCGCCACCCUCGCGGCCUCCCACUGCGGCGUGCUCGAGUUUGGCUGCGAGGAGGGGUUCGUGCACGUGCCCGCCCACGCCAUGGCGCGGCCCGGGCUGGAGGAGGGCGACCUGGUGCUCAUGACCAGCACGUCGCUCCCCAAGGCCACGUCCAUCAAGCUGCGGCCGCACACCACCGACUUCCUGGGCGCCAAGGACCAGAAAGAGCUGCUCGAGCACAACCUGAAGAACUACUCCACGGUCACGGUCGGCGACACCAUCACCGUCGCCGAGGGGGAGAAGAGGUACCUCCUCGACGUCGUCGAGGCCAAGCCCGCCGACGCCGUCUCCACCCUCGACACCGACUGCGAGGUCGACUUCGCGACGCCGCUCGACUACGUGCAGCCGCCGGUUGCUCCCGCGCCCGUGAAGGUCGCCGCCGCCCCAUGCCAAGACUGCGGCGAGCGGCGGUUCGUUGGCGUCGGGAUAAGGAUGGACGGCAAGCCCGUGGAGCAGACCCCGCCCCCUGCGCCGACGCCGGCGGUGGGAUCUUCGGGCAAGGGGAAGAGUGCUAGUGAGAAUGUGCUUCGGUUCUUCGGCGGCCGCUCGGUGGCGGUGCCACCCCGCGGCGCCAAGUCGGCGAAGAAGGUGGACGGCGAUGAGGACAAGGAUGCCAAACGGUUCGCCGGCCAGAAGUAUACCCUCUAGAAGACCCAAUCUACGACUGAAACAUGUUUGCAGUUCAUGUUUUGUUGUUAGUGACACAAAAGUUCGCCAUGGAAAAUAUGCGGCUUUUCUUAUUUUUGACACAAUGUUUUUGGUUUUCUACCUGUAGUAUGUUGGUGAAAUUUUGGCGAAAUUUUCAGUGUGGCCCGCCUGAUUAAGGGAUCUA